CGUCAAAAGGAUUUUAUCUUGGAUUGAAUUGUUUUUGGGGAUAAUCAUGAUUAGCACUGCUCUUGCAAAGAUGGAAGCCCAUAUGACAAAUAUUGAAUGCACCAACUAUAUACCAGAUAUAAUAAUGAAUGUAAGCUGCAUUUUGAAUCGAACAGCACACAAAACUGGUUCACUGAAUAUGGAGUUUGCCGUGUCCCAAGAUGUUAUAGACGUGAACGGCAUAUAUAUACUGACGAUAAAACAAGGUUCAUACCUGACAAACUUUACUGCAAUAAAACUGGAACUCUGCCAAUUAUUAGAUAGUGUGGAAUCACAUUUUUUACUUAAGAUGGUUACCACCGAGAUUCGACGAAUUGGAAAUUUGCCACUGGAAUGUCCGUUUAAAAUGAAUAAGCGAUAUUAUGUAAAGGAAUUUACCAUCAACUCAAACGUAAUACCCAGCUAUAUCCCAGCAGUGAACUUCAUUUCGGACUUCCACAUAUUUAUUAAGAAUCGCAAAGCAGGUCGCAUAAUUAUUCGUGGCCGACUUAUCCAUCGUCGUUAAUAAAGUA